AUGGGUCGUGUAUUGCUCAAGGUGAUCAUUCUAGGAGACAGCGGCGUCGGCAAGACGUCUCUCAUGAAUCAAUACGUCAACAAACGCUUCAGCAGUCAGUACAAGGCUACUAUCGGUGCCGAUUUCUUGACCAAAGAAGUCAUGGUUGAUGACCGUCUUGUCACGAUGCAGCUGUGGGACACUGCCGGCCAAGAACGCUUCCAAUCCCUUGGAGUCGCCUUUUACCGUGGCGCCGACUGCUGCGUCCUCGUUUACGACGUCAACAGUUCAAAGUCAUUUGAGACACUGGACAGCUGGAGAGAUGAAUUCCUAAUCCAGGCUAACCCCCAGAAUGCGGAGAAUUUCCCCUUUGUCGUCCUCGGGAACAAGAUCGACGUGGAGGAGCAUAAGCGACAGGUCACUCAGAAGCGUGCGAUGGCUUGGUGCCAGGCAAAGGGCAGCAUCCCUUACUUUGAAACGUCUGCCAAGGAAGCUAUCAACGUCGAGCAGGCGUUCCAAACAAUUGCAAAGAAUGCUCUCUUGCAAGAAACGGAUAUCGACGUCUCGCCGGAUUACCCGGAUCCAAUCAGAAUCGACUCGCCAUCCCCGUCUGGUGGAUGCAGCAGCUGCUAA